UCAGCCAGUUGGGUCCGUGGCCAGAACCGACACUGGUAUCUGGGUGACUGGGAAUGGGACCAUUAUUGGUAUCAGGGUGACCUUAUACAGAACUAACCCUAGUACGGACACUUACACCGGGCUGAUAAACUCACAGGAGUAUAUAUAUAUAUAUACACCACUAUGGACAGAGCCCAGUAAACCUAGAAGAAUUGUCGACGAUAGACAGCUCUAGUAAACUAUACAAAUACUUUUGCAAACGAUAGAAGUACUUUUGUAAAUUACAUAAGGACUUUAGUAAAUGAUACAAGGACGUUUAUACACGAUAGGAUAAUUGUGCACGAUAGAACUACUCUUGUACACGUUACCAGAUACCUCGUAGAGAGUAUUAUCAGCAUGAAGCUGUUGGUCGGCUUCCUGGUGCCGCUGGUGAUGCUCUCCAGACUCUUCCACAACAGGCACAAGACGCAAAGUGAGGUGUGGGUGGCGGAAGGUUCUCCAGUGGUGUACGUGGCGGCAGUACUGGAAUAUGAACCAAACAAUGAGUGGAAUGAAGCUGGUGAUGGGGUAACCAUCAUCAGAGAGAACUCUCGUAUCUUGGCUGAGUAUGCUGCCCUGGCCAGGGCUGAGGGUGCAGACCUCCUGGUGGCUCCGGAGUAUGGUGUUCCAAGCCUGAUGAUAUUUCAGCUUGACGACGAAUUUUUCACCAUGGCGCAGUUCGUCCCGAACCCCGAUUUAAAGGCUGUCCCUUGUGACUUGGAUAUCGACCCCGGAAACAUCGAGGCCAUGAGGACCCUGAGCUGUGCUGCUCUGGAGAAUGAGAUAUAUCUAGUGGCAGACCUGAUUGAGGCGAGCCCUUGCAGGAAUGACACAGCUGAAAGUUACCCCUUCAAGACCUCUUUAGACACAGCAUACGAGUGUCCAGACACAGGUUAUAUCUACUACAACACGCAGGUCGUCUAUGACAGGCACGGCACAGUGAUUGCAAGGUACCGCAAGAAGAAUCUGUUCGGCGAGUAUCCUGUAUUACCCGGCACUGAGAGUGACGACACUGCUAUCUUCACCACAGACUUCGGUGUGACCUUCACACUCCAGAUCUGCUUCGACAUAGGUCACUACCACCCUGCCCUGAACAAUGUUGUGACUCGGGGCAUCACAGAUGUUAUCACCAGCUCAGCCUGGGUCGACAUGCUUCCCUUCUUAAUUGCUCCGGCUGUGCAGAAUGGCUGGUCUCGAGGACUGGGCGUCAAUCUGUUGUUUUCCGGUCAUCAUUUUCCCGAGAAAGGAAAACUGGGUUCCGGUAUCUACCGCGGUUAUACCGACCUCUCUCGGGAAUACGUCUACGAUCCUGACUCUGGCAACCAGAUGAUCGUCUCGGAAGUAGAGACGAUUGCUUCCGUUAGCGGUAAAUACAGACCCCGCUCCUCCUCCUCCACAGCUUCCAGCACUAAGGUUAUCAGCUUGGGAAGUAAGGAAGUAAGGGGUCGUAGCUUGGUCAAGACACCCCGAGUCCCUACCAGACAUCAUUAUAUGCACCCCAAAGACUUGCCUUCCUACUCACGAGCGGUUCUCAAUCACACUGGGUCCGGCAGAGAGCAUCUAAUACUCUAUGAAGACCUGUCUACUUACUCUCAAGUGGUUCUCGAUAACAGUGAAUCUGGCAAGACACAACAAGCUGACGUUUGCCACAAUGACGGCUUCUGUUGCACUCUCACCUACCCAGCCACCUCUUCCCUCAAUUACUCCUUGGUAGCCUACAGUGGGAUCAUUAAUAGCCUAGAACAAUAUAAUCUCUACAUCCAGACGUGCACUGUGCUCUGGUGCCUCACAAAUGACAUUAACACUUGUUCUCACAUAAACAAAGGUCUUCCACAUAAUGACCAAUUUGGUCCAUUUACAGUUUCGGCAAAUUUCAGCACUGAUUAUGUUUAUCCAAUGUUUUUAACCCGCAAUCUUACUCUCGUGGAUAAUGAGGAGUACACAACCAGCGCUGAGGGACCCGCACACACAAUGUCCACACAAGAACCAACACUGAACAUCCUAACUGCUGGACUCGUCGGUCGCUGGUACGAUCAUGCCUAGUAAACUAGUCUGGAAAGGCAGUCACACACACACACACACACACACACACACAUACACACACACACACACACACACACACACACACACACACACACACACACACACACACACACACACACACACACACACACACACACACACACACACAAAGUCCCACACUGAGCAAAACAUUGUUAAUUAAGAUUAUGUAUGUGUCAAUGAUUCACCUACUGCCUAACAGACAUACAUAUUAGAUUGAAGGAAAGAGGACAGACACUCCGCUAUUUAAUUAACUGUUGUAAUUACCUGUUUUAGCCCACUGAUUAAAAAAAUAAAGCUUUCUAUGUUC